AUGGCGAAAUGUUCCUUUCUUCUGGGCCUGAUGACGGGUCUCCUCGUGCUCUUGUCCCGCACCAUUGCAGUGGAAAUGAAUGAUAUCUUUACCGUUCAGCCCGGGACGAGGGACGGCGGCUGCGAUGACCGAGCGGCUGUCUUGGACCAGUGGCUGGAGGAAUGUAUCCAGAGUAUUUAUGUUACUCUGCAAGCCAUGGACCAGUAUGAGCAACAGACGAAAGUUCGAAGGGCAUUGUCGACCAUCUUUGGCAUCGCAAACAGGAACCGAAUGGGGGGUCGGGAAACGGCCAGGGGUUCCGCUUUUUUUAGGAUCAAAGACUAUAUCGAGUAUGUCGGAGACUUUUUCAACAAUCAGAAGGGGGAUAACGGCCAAAGUAUAUAUCCAAGAUCCAGAUUCCGGUUGUUUUGCGACAGCACCUUUCUGGCUCUGCAUCAACCAACUGACCCCGCAUCCGAUUACAAGGGCGAACCCAUCUUGGACGGCAAUGGCGACCCUGUUCCCAUCCAGGAUGUAGCGGAAUACCAAAGGAGACUGGACGAAGACCCGAAUAAUGAACCAUGGUGGUCUGGGGACCUCACGGACCUGAACGGCUACUACUUCACUGAGUACGGCGGGAAUUACUGCUAUGAAGACGACCUCGGCGUCACCGCGGGAAUUGAACCGCUCGGAAACGGCGAGGCGGACCCAGAGAUCACGAGCGUCAUCCUUUGCCCCUACAGCUUCGACGGCGGGCAGAGGCCGGCCAGCUACCAGGACGCGAACAAUCUCCUCCGCGCCGGUACAAACCUUGCGGAUGCCGUUCCCAAGAGCGCGACCCUUCUUCACGAGGCCUUUCACGCUAUCUUUGGAGGUAUAUUUCUGGGAGGCGUUGAAGAGCGCUAUGACAUCGCCACCUGUCUCAACCUUGCGAGUGCAGACCCUGGAUCGGCACGGCUCAACCCCGAGAACUACGUCUUCUUCAUCGCUCACAUGUACCACAUGUUUGGAGCUGAGGAGGGCAAUGAACCCUGGUCGAUACACACCCAGUGGAACUUUGAAAUCGUGGGUCAAGAUCGGGUUUACGGGGCCGUGGAAACUGAGCAAGGGGGACUCUAG